AUGGACGUCGAGGCGGCUCUACUGGAGAACUCACCGACACUGUCGACCAUCUCGUCGGACUGCACGGACACGACGUACUCCGGUCCCGGCUCGCCUUACUCCCCGGAAUCGCCGAUCAUCGUCACGUCCGUGUGCAAAAAGACGAGGGUUGACGAGGACACGCCCAGGCCGACACCGAGGCAUCCGACGCCGCCCAGGAAGCCGAAUUUCCGGAUACGACCGCCCUACCUUAUGAUCUGCAUCAGCAUCGUCGAGAUAGCGGUCCACUGCUUGGGGGACGAGGCGGCGUUACGCAGGUGGCUGGUCUACGAUCCACGUCAGAGGAUCCAGGGCUGGAGGUUCGCCUCGUACAUGCUCCUGCACUCGAACGCGCUUCACCUGGCGCUGAACGUGGUCAUCCAGCUGGUACUGGCCACCCCGCUCGAGGUGGAGCAGGGUCGGAUAGGCGUCGCGACGAUCUACCUGGGGGGCGGUGUUUGCGGAGCCCUCGGCGCAUCUCUCCUGCAGCCGAGUUUGUUCCUGGUGGGUUCCUCCGCAGGUGUUUACGCACUGCUUACCAGCCAUCUAGCGCAUCUUUACUUGUGUCACGGCGAGCUUCGGUACGCAGGUUGGCGUUUAGGUGCCGUGUUGCUUCUGGCCAGUGCGGACGUUGCGUCUCUACCGAUUCCAGCGCUCCUGGGCUGCGGUCGGGUCGGCUGGGCCGCUCACGUGGCUGGGGCCUUAGCGGGCCCGCUGUUGGGCCUAGCGGUGUUCCCCAACCAGAGCAAGAAGGACUCCCGAGGACGUCGUUUCGUCAGGUUCGUCCGGCUGUUGUCCGCUGUCAGCGUGAUGCUGCUGGUAGCCGGCGCCAUAUUGGGCAACGUUUACCUGAUCGCGCUGCCCCAGCUACGGAAACCAUCCUGA